CUGUCCAUCUCUGCUGCGAGUCUCCAGGAGGGAGGCUGCCUAGUGUUGAGGGAAACAGGAAUAUUUUGGAAAUGUGCAGUGGGUGCUCACAACAAUGUCUGGAGAAGGACACAAACCAGGAUCUGGCGGGGGGUGAUGCUGUCAGCCUUCCCCUCACUUCUCCACUCAGGAUGCAGAGGCCUGGCAGAGGGAGUCCCCUCGGCUGAGCUGGAGUCCUGAGCCCUCCACUGCGGCUGGAGACCCAGGAUCCUUUGGUCAGCAGCCCUCCAGAGUCCCCCGGACCUGGGGCAGACCAAAGCCAGGAGUUAGGAGCUCAGUCCAGGUCUUCCAUGUGGAUGGCAGGAAGCCAAGUACUGGAGCCACCACCUGCCACCUCCCAGGGUGUGCGUUAGCAGGAAGCUGGAAUCGGGAUCAGAGCUGGAACAGAAGCCCACGUACUCUGAUACAGAACACAGCAGGUCAGUGAGCAUCUGUCAUUCCUGUCACAGCUGUCUAUCAGACCUCCCCAAGAUCCCAAACUACUGCCAGCAUCAGUAGAAAGGAAUAUAGGGCCCAGCAAAUUCAGACGCAAGACAUUGGAAGAACAUUUGAAAACUUCAGGCAGGACUGGAGCACCAGCCUGGCACAAGACAUGGCCAUUCCUAGGGCUCAGCUGUGCAGACACGGGCAGUUAGCCGGGUCGGCAGGUCCUUUGGCACGGCAAGGUCAAGGAGGAAGCCUCCUGGAGCUAGCGGGAGGGAGGAAUGGGGGAGACGGUCCCGAGAAGACGGCGAGAAGAUGAAAAGUCCAUCCAGAGCGACGAACCCAAGACCACAAGCCUCCAAAAGGAGGUGGGUCUGAUCAGUGGCAUCUGUAUCAUCGUGGGCACCAUCAUCGGCUCUGGGAUCUUCAUCUCCCCCAAGUCUGUGCUCAGCAACACGGAAGCUGUGGGACCCUGUCUCAUCGUCUGGGCGGCCUGCGGGGUCCUUGGGACUCUAGGGGCUCUGUGCUUUGCGGAGCUCGGCACCAUGAUCACCAAGUCGGGGGGUGAGUACCCCUACCUGAUGGAGGCCUUCGGCCCCAUCCCCGCCUACCUCUUCUCCUGGACCAGCCUGAUGGUCAUGAAGCCCUCGUCCUUUGCCAUCAUCUGCCUUAGCUUCUCUGAGUACGUGGCGACGCCCUUCUACUCGGGCUGCGAGCCUCCCAAAGUCGUCGUGAAGUGCCUGGCCGCCGCAGCCAUCAUGCUCAUCACCACGGUGAACUCGCUGAGCGUGCGGCUGGGCAGCUACGUGCAGAACUUCUUCACAGCGGCCAAGCUGGUGAUCGUGGCCAUCAUCAUCAUCAGUGGCCUCGUCCUCCUGGCCCAAGGAAACACGAAGAAUUUCGAACGUUCCUUCGAAGGUGCGGAAGUUUCAGUGGGAGCCAUCAGUCUGGCACUGUACAAUGGGCUCUGGGCUUACGAUGGCUGGAAUCAACUCAAUUACAUCACAGAAGAACUCCGGAACCCCUUCAGAAACCUGCCGCUGGCCAUCAUCAUCGGGAUCCCGCUGGUGACCGUGUGCUAUAUCCUCAUCAACAUCUCCUACUUCACGGUGAUGACGCCCACGGAGCUGCUGCAGUCCCAGGCCGUGGCUGUGACCUUUGGGGACCGUGUCCUCUACCCAGCCGCAUGGAUUGUCCCAGUGUUCGUGGCGUUUUCAACCAUCGGUGCUGCUAACGGGACCUGUUUCACAGCUGGCAGACUCGUUUACGUGGCUGGCCGGGAAGGCCACAUGCUCAAAGUGCUCUCUUACAUCAGUGUCAGGCGCCUGACCCCAGCCCCUGCCAUCAUCUUUUACGGGAUCAUUGCGACCAUUUAUAUCAUUCCUGGGGACAUAAACUCACUCGUCAAUUACUUCAGUUUUGCCACAUGGCUGUUUUAUGGCCUGACGGUUCUAGGACUCAUCGUGAUGAGGUUUACAAGGAAAGAACUGGAAAGGCCCAUCAAGGUGCCCAUCUUCAUCCCCAUCCUGGUGACCUUCAUAGCUGUGUUUCUGGUCCUGGCCCCAGUCAUCACUAAGCCAGCGUGGGAGUAUCUCUACUGUGUGUUAUUUAUCUUGAGCGGCCUUGUAUUUUACUUCCUUUUCGUCUACUACAAGUUUGAAUGGGCUCAGAAAAUCUCAAAGCCGAUCACCAUGCACCUCCAGAUGCUCAUGGAAGUUGUGCCACCGGAGCCAGACCCCAAGUGACAAGUCUGUGUCUUGUAACCAACUCAAAGCUGUGAGCAGUUUAUUUUUGUAAGCAAUAUUUGUGGUAUUUCUUCCUGAUUUUUUUUCUUAAGAAGAGUUGUAUCAGAUGUUUAUGUAAUAUUA